AUGUAUGAUCGAACAAUUUCAAUUGGCAGUGCAGGAAAAGCGUUCUCUGUAACAGGAUGGAAGUUGGGUUGGUGUGUUGGUCCAGAACAUCUCUUGACUCCACUGAAGAGGAUACACCAGAACUGUGUCUUCACAUGCAGUACUCCAACCCAAGAGGCUCUCGCGUGCGCCUUUGAAAAAGAGCUUGUUUUAUUUAAAUCUGAUCCAAGUCGUUCCUACCUCUUAACUGGUCUCCCUACCGAGCUUGGAAUCAAAUGUGAUAAGAUGUAUAAGAUGAUGUAUGAUGCCGGUUUUGAACCGAUUCGUCCUGAGGCGGGAUACUUCAUGUUGGCUCAAUUCGGAAAGCUAGACGGACCAUUCAAAAAGGCAGAUUCAACAAACGAUCCUCUCGACUUUCGAUUUGCUAGGUGGCUCUGCCGUGAG